UGUCUCUUGGUAUUCUUGAUCGAGACAAUAUAUGGCUCUUGCUAGACUUUGAAAGGAGAACAAUUGAGAUAGAGAGAGAGAGAGAGAGAGCGUUGGCGCAUGUUGAACAGUUGAAACAGAAUGGGUUCUUCUGAUGUGAGUAAGGAGAAAGCUAGAAGGAGUAGAGACAGGUUGAGCAAUUUGCCUGACCCGCUUCUUCAUCAAAUCUUCUCAUGUCUCGACACUAAACAAGCAAUCCAAAGUUGUGUACUGUCAAAGCGAUGGAGAGAUUUUUGGGUUUCUCUUCCUCAUCUCAAUUUUGAUUAUCGAUCCUUUCAUACAAAAUCAGAUUUUCAAAAUUUCGUUUGCAAAGUCUUGUAUAGCCGCCUUGACAACCCGAUUUUUGGUGGCAAGUUUGGCUUCCAUUGUGGGCAUUGUUGGAAGAUGGAUGAAACUUUAAUUAAAAAGGUCAUAAGCUGCGUUGAGUCUCAUUGGUUUCAGCAUCUUCACAUGGAGGUAAACACAAGCUUACCAGACGCACUUCUCAAUAGUAAAUCAAUUGAAACUCUUAAUUUGAAGUGGUUUAAAACUUUACCUCAGUCACUUGCUUCUUUUACAAUGCUGAAUUCGUUGCAUCUGAAAAAUUGUUGGUUUGACGUUUAUCAUCAAACUGACGAGUUUUUUGAUCCUUUUGUUAAUUGUCCCAAUUUGAAGAAUUUAAGCCUAACCAAUUGCCACUUUGGAAUGGUAAAGUCUUUUAGAAUUUCUGGGAUGCAACUACUUAGCCUUUCAUUCGAGGGUAGCUAUAGGAGUAGAUAUAGGAGCCUUUCAUUUGGGAGUAGAUAUAGGAGGAGUUAUAGCUGGGGUUAUUUCUGGGAAUUAAAGAUUGAAAUUCUUGCUCCAAACCUCACUUCCUUUAGACAUGAUUGGAUGAAGCCUAUGGAUUUCGGUGAAAUCAGCCUUCCUUCUGUUAAUUUUGUGGAUAUUAGUGUUGAUCGAGUUUGUUACCGGCAGUACGAAGAGGAAAAUGACAACAUGAAUGUGAUCAAUAUGUUCCGAGGAUUACAUAAAGCGCAAUAUGUCAAACUGCACUAUCAUACCAUUGAGGUCCUUACUUUGGUUCCAGGUCUACUAGAAAAGCAACCUUCUCCCUUUACUAAUUUGAAGUCCUUGAAAUUGUACUUGCCCUACAAUACUAAAUCAUCAAAGGUACCUUCUCAUGUAAUGCGCUACUUACUUGGUGACUCGUCUGGUGCUGAUCUUAUAAUCGUCAAAUCUUGAAGGCGAUUAUGGGCUUCUUGCUUUUCCUUUCCUAGCGUCUUCAUCCUUCCUGUCUUACAAUUGCUCUAUGGUUGAAUUAUCGAUAUUAUGAGAACAAUUGACUGUACUUUGUGGAUUAUGUUUUACCUUACCCAUUAAGGUGAAUAAGGUCAAUUUCAGCAUCUUCACUUCUCUUUUUCUAACUACUAUUCUAGACAUUAUGAAAACACGCAUGAUUUUAAGACUUGAAAUAAGUAAACCUUUUUUUUUUUUUUAAUCUUCUCAAGAAAAGCUUAUCUUUUCAACAAGGCUUUGCUUAUCUGGGAUACUCCGUUAUGCUUGGCUGUUGUUUUCUUUAGUGUGUUGUAUUUGGUGAUUUGAAAAUUUGUUCUCCAUCCUAGUUUACAAUGUGCUAAAAGGGAUAGAUUCCCUUUUACUAGGAAAAAGAGUGAGUAUGAUUGUUGUAAUGUGGGUAUCUUUCCUUUAUAUUGUAUUAAAAAAUAAGUGUGGCUAUGUAUUUGUCAUUAUUUUGAAGCGUAUUUUGGACUGCUGUGGAAAAUGCUGAUUUUUUGCAUGAAGAUGCCUAUCUGUGAAAUUGAAUUAUAAUAAGGGUUUU